AAUUUAACAGAUACAUAUUUCCAGAUGAAUGAAGAUGGUUCACCAAACUUUAAUCAGUUUCAACGUGACCCUGGUGCUCCAAUCCAUAGUGGUGGGGACGGAUCUCAACAGGGAUUCAAUAAUCCAGAGAACUCAAUGCCGGAUACAAGAUCAAUGAUGGAUCAUCAUUCAAGUAUUGUUCCGAAUCAUACUCAUCCUCCUCAGUCUGCUCUUAUUCCAACCUCUGAUCAGAACCACGUGCAGGAGCAGGUACCUAGAGUAGAUCAUCUACCCAGGGUUGAUCAUGGACCAAGAAUGGAUCAGAUGACAAAAGUGGAACACGGACGGCCUGAUCCCGUUGCAAGGGUGGACCAGGAGAUCAAAUCCGAACCGCAAAGUCCUCUUCCUUCAGAUCCUGCCAUGCAAGCCAUUUUGGCAUACUUCCGUAAACACAACUUGACGGAGACGGAGAACAAGCUGAAGGAUGAGUUGAAGAAGAGAGAAGCUGCUGCUCCUAUAGUAGCUCAGGCCUCUGAUCCUGAGGUUGGAAAUGUACUGGCAGCGUACAGGAGUGACGGGGAUCCAUCUAGUUACGAAUCUGCGUACAGUGAUCUGGAGAAGUUUGUGGAGAACUCUUUAGAUAUGUAUAGACACGAGCUAGCACUGAUCCUCUACCCUGUGUUCGUCCACAUGUACCUGGAGCUCGUCUACAACCAGCACGAGGGCGAGGCCAAGAGGUUCGUGGAGAAGUUUGGUUCCAUCCAGGAGUGUUACUAUCAGGAGGACAUUAAGAAGCUCUCCUUCGUAACCAAGCGUGAGCACAUGAAGGGGAACGAAUUAAUGGAUAACUUCAAUACGAGUCAGUUUACGGUUAGAAUGUCACGUGAUACAUAUACCCAGCUCAGACAACAGAAGAAACAUCUUUCUGAGAAGCAGCACACACUUCUCUGGAAUGUUAUCCAGGAGCAUCUUUACCUAGACGUGUACGAGGGUUUACCCAGGAGCAAGAGUCAGAUUGAUUCUACUGCCGGAGCAAUGACCGGAGAAGCAAACCGUCAGGCAAACCGUGCCAAGGUCUACUAUGGCCUACUCCGAGAACCGGAUGUAAUGCCUUUGCCGCAGGAGGAGGAAGAGGAACCAGAGAUGGACGGAGACAAACCUAAAAAGAAGAAAAAGAAGGAAAAUAUAAUUCAGAAGAAAUCCAAAUCAGAUCCCAAUGCCCCCAUAGCGACUAGAAUGCCCUUUCCAGAGUUGCGCGAUUCAGAUAAAAUUGAGAAAGCGCGCGCGCUACGUGAAAGUAUGAAGCGCGCAAACUUAGGUCCGGACAAUAUUCCAUCUAUCUGCAUGUACACUCUGAUGAAUGUUUCAGCAAGGGUUACAGCUGUAGGAGUAUCUGAGGACAGUAGUAUGCUGGCAGCAGGAUUAUCAGAUUCCAAGAUUAGAGUUUGGUCUCUCCUCAACCAUAAACUGAGGAAACUCAAACCUGCAGAGGCUCUGAAGGAUAUAAACAGAGAGGCUGAGGAUGUUCUGCACAGGAUGUUGGACGACUCUACAGCGGAGUCUAGCAAAGAGCUGAUUGGGCACAGUGGACCCGUCCUAGGGGUUUCUUUCAGUCCGGAUAAAACCCUUCUCCUCUCAGGUAGCGAGGACGGAGUUGUCAGACUCUGGAGUUUACAGACCUGGACCUGUCUCGUUUGCUACAAAGGUCAUAUUUUUCCGGUCUGGGAUGUUCAGUUUUCUCCUCUCGGAUAUUAUUUUGCGUCCUGUGGUCAUGACCGAACUGCCCGACUUUGGACGACGGAGCAGGCACAUCCACUUCGGAUAUUUCAAGGACAUUUCUCCGAUGUCGAUUGUCUAGCUUUUCAUCCUAAUUCAAACUAUAUCGGAACCGGUUCAAGUGACCGCAGUCUACGGAUGUGGGACUGUGUGACCGGUAGUUGUGUCAGGUUUAUGACCGGACAUAAGUCCGCAGUUCUCUGCCUGGCCUUUUCACCAGAUGGUAGGUUUCUCGCCUCUGGUUCAAGUGAUCUCCGGGUUCUAAUCUGGGACUGUGCUUUCGGUCAUCUUCUAGCUGAGCUGGGUCAUCAUACUCAGCUUAUCUCAGGGUUAGCAUUUUCCAGAGAAGGAACAAUUCUCUCCAGCUCAGCAAUAGAUUCAACGAUUGCAUUGUGGGAUUUUGCCAAGUUGAUGAAUGAGAGUUCUCUUGAAGAAGUAAAUGUUACUCACAACCCUGAUGUGAGACGAGACACUGAAAACCUAUUACUAGGAAGUUAUAGAACCAAGAGUACUCCAGUCUUGCAUUUACACUACACCAGACGAAACCUUCUCCUAGCUGUUGGACCACUAGAUGCGUCCUAAACCUCGUUUUUCUAUGUAAAUAAUAAAAAUACUGUUUCUAUCGGAAUUGCUUUAAACCAAUUUCAGA